CCGAAGAUUGAUCAGCUGCUGAGUUGCGAUUCUUGCCACACGUGCGAGAAAUCGUUGUUUGCCGCGACCCAGAGAGACGUAGUGCUUUUCUGUGACUGACAUCCUUUGUAUUUACUUCCUGUGACAUCCCUAACAUACCCACCAGUCAGCGGCAGGCGUCAGGACGAGGGGCGGCAGUGUGUGAGAAGGAGUUAAGAAGCAGACGAAAGCAUGGGGGAGAAGCUUCAGCCUAUAUAUGUCGACCUUGCCUCGGAGAUGGACGACCCGCAAGUCACUGUCAUCUCCAGCCUGUGUAUGCUGUGCCACGAGAUGGGCACCACUCGCCUCCUUAUGACGCGCAUCCCACACUACAAGGAGGUGCUGAUCACAUCCUUCGAGUGUGAGCAUUGCGGCAACAAGAACACAGCCUACCAGCAGGGCCAGUGCCAGGAGAGGGGGGUGCGCUACCAGUUGGAUGUGCUGGAGGAAGCUGAUCUGAGCCGCCAGGUGGUGAAGUCCGAUGUAGCGACUGUCAGUGUGCCCGAACUUGAGCUUGAGAUUCCGCCCACAGGAGAGAAAGGAGAGGUGACCACAGUGGAGGGCAUCCUGCGCCGAACGAGGGACGGGCUGAACCAGGACCAAUCCGCACGCCGCCUGGAGAACCCCGACACAGCCCUCAGGAUAGAGAACUUCAUUGACGAGAUAGAGCUCCUCCUCACCCCAGGACACCCCUUCACUCUCAUUGUUGAUGACCCAUCUGGGAACAGCUUUGUGGAGAACCCUCAGGCACCCAAUGAGGACCCAAAGCUCAAGAGGACCCAGUACAAGAGGACAAAAGAGCAGAGCACAGCGCUGGGUCUCUUGAACGAAGACGAGGCAACACUGGGCGAGGAGAACCUGCAAGGGAAUAUUAGUUCACCGCAGGAGCAGGAGGAUGAGAGCGAGUUGUCCCUGACGGAGGAGAGCACCAGCGAGGCCAAGGACGACCCCGAGAGCCUCAAGGACGAGGUGCUGGUGUUCUCAACACUGUGUGACCGCUGCUCCCGCCCCGCCAACACCAACAUGAAGGUCACCAAGAUACCACACUUCAAGGAGGUGAUCAUCAUGGCCAUGACGUGUGACGGCUGUGGCCACAGGAGCAACGAGGUGAAGAGCGGCAGCGGUGUGUCGGAGCGCGGCCGUCGCAUCACCCUGGAGGUGCGGGAGCCCUACGACUUGGCCAGGGAUGUGCUCAAGAGUGAGACCUGCGAGCUGAGCAUCCCCGAGCUGGACCUGGUGGUGGGCGGCGGACUCAUCGGUGGCAAGUUCACCACGCUGGAGGGCCUGCUGACCAACAUCAAGGAAGACCUGGAGACCAACCCCUUCCUGAUGGGCGACUCCUCCAAGGACGACCGCAAGGCUGUGGUGGAGAAGCUCCUUGAUGGCCUGGAAGAGGUCAUCGAGGGCAAGAGACAGGUCACCUUCAUCAUGGACGACCCUGCCGGGAACAACUACCUCCAGAACCUGUACGCCCCAGACGACGACCCGCAGCUCACCGUUGAGGAGUACGAGCGCUCCCACCAGCAGAACGAAGACCUCGGCCUCAACGACAUGAAGACGGAGAACUACGAGGAGGAGCCGCUGCUGAUAAACUCGCCUCCCCAGCAGCAGCAGCUCUUGUGAUGCUCCCCCGAGGCCAUCUUGGAGGGGAGGAGCAGAUGGAGGUUAUCAGGGAUGCAGGACAAGGGUGUAGGCUAUUUAUGGGGAGGGAGAGGCAAGGGAUUGCUGUGUGAAGGGAAGCAAGAAGAGGAAGAUUGUGGCUGGGAAGAGAGAGACAGGAGGAAAGGGCGUUAUGAAAGGAGAGGAGAGAAGGUUGUAGGCUGUGUUUGGGGAGGGAGAGACAGGAGGAGAGUGAAGGAAGUGAAGCUGUAUGAAAGAAAGCAAGAGGAGGCUGAAGACUAUGUGUGGGGAGGGAAAGACAGGAGGAAAGUGCAGUGUGAAAGGAAGCAAGAUAAGGUUGUAGGCUGUGUCUGGGGAAGGAGAGCACAUUAUGAAGGGGAGAAGGGGUUAUAAACUGCAGUGGUCAAGGGAGAUGGAGAGGGCAGUGUGAAGGGACAGCGGUAGUCUCAACAGUAUGGGAAGACAGUGAUGUGAACAGAGUGGAUGGCAAAAUUUGGUGAAUCAAGUAAUAAAGAAGGAUGUAAAAAUCUUGCAGUGCCAUAAAGUUUUGAAAUACUCUAUAUUUACAGGGAACUGAACUUUGCUGAGAGCAAUAUAAACCUAAUGAGCAUAAACAUUGUUUUAUCUAUUUAUAAGAGGCAUGUACCCCCCAAAAAUGUUGACUCAUUUCUCAUGAACUGCAACACCACUCUGACUUGUUGUCUACCCAAAUGAUUUUGGUUGCUCUGUGUGCUUCAAUAACCUUAAUAUUAGUGCAAGACUGCAGAGGAAAACUUUUGUUGCAAUCCAAAGAACAAUUGUUAUAUAUGUACUCACGGUCAGCAGCGAGGCACGUUUAAUCUGGUGUGGCACCACAUGCACCUCCACCACCGCCUGGUAGGCUGCUGCCUUUGUCAUGAUGCUCUGCACUCACCCCAGUCAGUGUUCAGCAGUUUUCUGGGAUUAUGAAAGGGAAUUAAUUUUGUUGAUUCCACGAUUCAUAAAUUUGUUAGUCAUCAACCUACAACACGCAUUGCCUACAGUGAUCUGUUCACCUGCUUGAUGUUUCUGUAUCCUUUAUUCUGCUUUUCCAAAAACAUACAGUUUUCAUGAUCAAAAUGACAUCCUCCACGUGUGUGGCAAAGAUUGCCUUUCAUGACACCUCAGCCGAAGCUGUUCCCAUUGUGUUCAUGAGUGUCCUGAAGCCACCCUCUGCCUGGCUGCUCCUGACCUCACCAUCAGCUGUCACGUGUCAUCCAAAAAUACAAACUUUCUCUGCUUCAUAUGAUAAUGCCUUUUAUUUUGUAUUUAUGACAAAGUAGUCUUACAAGAGUGUAGUCACCCCCACACCGUACACUGUCAUUCAUGUAUCAAACUAAAAUGCAUUCAUACACGUCUUCGUUAAAUUAAAUCUGUGACUAAGUCAUUCAUUUUGACAAUCAACAAUAAAUUCAUGUACCAUUCAGUCAAGUAAUCAUUGAAUGCCCAAAACUGGUUUAGUAAGGCAACCAACUCCAUGAAAUGGCUCCCUAAGUUGUAGCUCCUAAGGAAAACAAAUCCAGGUUGACAGAGUUGACCUUUCUAAUGUGCAAAAAUUACUUCAUCUACCUGUGAACAUGUACAAUAAAUUAUUAAUACAAAUUAUAUUAUUUAUCAAAACUAAAUGCUUAUUGGUUAAUGUAAAUCAAUAAAACCUUUAUUUA